GCAACAGGCGCUAUGAGCGAGGGUAACAAUGAAGGUUUUAGGUUGCUAAAGUAAGUUACAGGGAUCCUUUAAAAAAAUAGACAUCGUCACGUAAUCUGUUGACGGUUGGAAAUUUAAAAAAUGCCAGCAUGCUCUAAACAAGCACAACAUAAAAAGUGAAAGAAUAUCGACAUUUUGAGCAUUAUUUAAUCAGCUAGAUUAUUUUUUUGGUUAGCCCUUAUAUUGAGUAUUAUCUUUCAUCAAAUAGUUUGAACAUUAACAGCCAACGUUUCCUCUUUCAUAUCAUUAUUCCUUUUUAUGAUUCCUUUAUCUUCCAAUCUUUCCGUGCUUUUAUAGUAAGAUAGUAAGCAUGACGAUUCAAAUAUUUUCAAGGAAUUAUAACAAUGCCUUCGUUAUGGAAAACUUUAAUUGUUUUGUUGACAAAACAAGUGCGUUUAACUCUAAUUAAACUAUAGUAAUAAUAAACCAGGGAUUUUUUUUCUGUCAGACAACAACAAGUUGGCUAGCUUGUUGAUCAUUAGAGUUUAAAGCCAGUUACUUUGUGACACAAAGACACACAUUGUGACCCGGUGAAAGGACGAUUUGUUAAAAAUGAUGAAUCAGCGUAAUUUACAUACAUGCUUUAUUUUAGCCAUUUCGUUCAUACUAACAGAAGCGUUGAUAUUGACAACCUCGAACGCAAACACAGUGUUCAAAAAUUAUGAUGGCAAACGUAACAUCGAGUUGCAGAUAACUGGCCAAGUUAAAAUAAAUUCUCUUCUUAGUGUUAAGUUUAAAAAUGGUAGUAUAGUUAUGAAAGCAGCUAAAGGAGCAAAAAUAAGUUGCACGGAACCAGAAGCUGGAUUUCGCUUCUUUGGAAGGGGAACGAUAAACGUAACAGGAAUUACUUUUAGUAAUUGUGGUUCACAAGUUGCAGCAGCCGUGGUAUUGUUCAACAUGAAUGCAACCUUUCAGCAUUGUACCUUCAUGGAUAACUCAGCUUCCGGGAUAAAUGCGAUCGACAGUAACAUAAGCAUACAAAAUUCAAUAUUUUUAAGAAACAACGCACAAAAUGUCGCGAAAAAAUUUAAAGACGGGUUUGUGUUUGGAAAAACAAACAUCGGAGGAGCAAUUGGUAUCAUGUUUCAUAAUGGUAGCCAUCACAACGUUGAAAUCAAGAACUGUGUAAUUAAAGAGAAUUCAGCCUUUGUUAAAAACUCAAAGUUCACCAGCACACACCCUACAAAGGAAAAGAAGAGAAUUUUGUCAAAUUAUUUUACUUUAGGUGGAGGAAUAUCUAUUCUACAUGCUUUUAAUAGCAACAAUAAUACUGUAGUUGUUGCGGAUUCUGUCGUGGAAAAGAAUUCGGCAACCUAUGCAGGCGGUAUAUUUGUCACAAAUGUACACAAUACCACAGACAACAAGGUUUUUUUAAGCAACUUAAUUAUUUCAAAAAAUUACGUUACUCAAACCGGGGGCGGUUUUAUAUGUUCUAACUGGGACUAUUCUCACAGAAAUUUUUUUAAAAUGGUGAACACAGUUGUGAAGAUGAACCAAGCCAUGAUGGGUGGUGGUACAAAGCUAAUACAAAAUAACCGGCAUCCGAACAGAGAAUCGUUUAGAUCUGGUAGCGUAACAAUUGAAAUUCAUAAAACUGUUUUUACCCAAAACAUUGCUCAAUCAGCAUCAGCUAUUAGGCUUCUAUUUAACCAGCCAAUCGGAUUUGUUGCACCAGUAAUUCCUGUGUUUAAAGAUUGUAUAAUCGAGACUAAUUAUCCUGACGAUAAUUCAAGAGAAUAUCUAGGAGCUGUAAUUAGUUCCAGAUUAGGUCUUGUACUAGCUGGAAGAAUCACAAUACAAAAUAACUAUGGAGGAAGCGCCAUAUACAUCUCACAGGCAGAACUACAUGUUAAAGGACAUAUUAGCUUUCUGAAUAAUCGAGGAAAGUUUGGGGGUGCUAUAUAUGUGGCUGACAUAUCACGUAUCGUCAUGCAUCCUGAAAGUGAACUCUGUUUCCAUGGUAACAAAGCUGACAUUAGCGGUGGAGCUCUUUAUGUUGAGUCAUCGAAUUUUGUUGAAACAAUGUAUCCAUACAACCCAGGCUGUUUUUUGCAGUAUUACACAGCAAAAACUCCACCCUCAGAAUGGAAUGCCAAACUUACAUUUAUCAACAAUAGUGCAACAGAGAAAGGUGCCGCCAUUUACAUCUCAACUUUAUUACAUUGUCAAUGGAGUGAAGAUGAAGCCCUGGGUUAUCAAAGUUAUACAAAAUCAUUACGCUGGAAUACGGACGUGUUCACCUACACAGGAAAUUACUUAGAACUUGCUUCGCUUUCAAAAGAGAAUAAAAAAUUGCUUAAUGCAGAAGUUGACAUUGCCACGGAUACAUAUGAAUACCAAGUACAAAAGAAACAGAAUUUUGAGGUUGCUCCAGGUGAACCAUUCUUAAUAAAACUCUCUGCAGCAGACCAGCUAAAUCAUACGGUCUACAGUAUUCCUCUGCUUCGAAGCAUCGAACGAAGUAAAUAUGGCAAUGAGAAAAAGGAUGAUGUGUUUUUUAUUCAACAUGUGGUGUUGACACCAGAGAAGGCUUUUACUAAGCUUUCAGUAAAGAUUCCCAACAAAGAGACUUACGAAGCACUUACAAACAAUAAAUCAAAACAACAUAUCAUUGAGAUCAGCGACACAACGUCUGAUUUCACUGCUACAAAAUAUUUGAAUAUUCAAACUUUAAAGUGCCACCCUGGGUUUCAUUUUAAGGAUGGUAGCUGUGUAUGCGAUGAAAUUGAGGGAGUGAAAAGAUGCACUGAUGGACGGUACAUUCAUCUUAAGGAAGGAUAUUGGGCGGGUGUAGUAAAUGGAAAAUUUGUCACUUACCUAUGCCCACGAAAUUAUUGUUCAUGCAAUACAUCAAAAGACAAAGAUGUACUUGAAGGAACCUGUUUGUAUGAUUAUCAGACACCAAACAACAUCUGCAUUGAAGGAAGAAAUGGUAUCUUAUGUGGCCAGUGCAACAAGGGCUUAUCUCUCGGUUUGCAAAACUCAGAAUGUCGGGAUUGCAAGGGAACAGGAUGGGUGUUCUCUUUUUCUAUCAUUCUUAUCGUCGUCCUGACUUGUGUUGUUAUCUAUUUCAACGUCAGCAUACCAGCCGAGCUUCGUAGUGUGCUGUUCUACGUGCAGGUGUUACCAUAUGUAUUCACGCAGCACGAUAAAAUUGGCGCGAAAAUCCACUUUAUUACGGGCAUAGUGGACAUUGGUCGUUUAAGUGAGUUCCCGCUUGGUAAAUGUGCUAUGCCAGGGUUAACCAAUUUGGAAUCUGUAGCAAUUAGCUAUGUUACUCCGGUGACCGUCCUUUUGGUAAUUUUUGUGGUGUACCUGUUGAAACAAAGAAUAAAGUGGACAGCAAGCCGACCUUUCCAGCGUUUUUUUGUGUUGUUUACGUUUAUGUAUAAAUAUUUCACAGAAACAAGCUUUGCAAUUCUUCAUUGUGUUAACAUGGGUGGUAAAGAAGUAUUCUACUACGAUGGAAAUGUUGAAUGUAAAACUGGUCAUCACUUUGUUUUGUUUAUCAUUGCAUACAUUAUUAUUAGUGUUUGCGUUGUAAUUCCGAUUGUGUUGAUCCCCCUUAUCGUUUUUGGAAAAAUACAAAGAAUUUGGCGCUUUAACCUUUGUCAAAUGGUUGUAAUAGAUUCAUUUACUGAAGGUUACAGGCGCGAUGUUAGCAAGCCAGUGGGCUUUUCUCGGAUUCUUGCUGACAAGGGAUGGUGGUGGAGUUACGAUUUAUCUCGAAGAGCCAUACUGAUUGGUAUAUAUGUUUUUAAUGAUGAUAUACGUUUAAAGCAGAUAAUGCUCUCCUUCACUUGUCUUAUUUUUCUGAUAAUUCACAGUGUCAGUCAACCAUACAAAGACGCUGAACCAAAUACCAUAGAAUCCUGGUUUCUUUUUGCACUGGCCGCAAUCACCAUUCUGCAACCAAUCGAAGAUCUUGAUUUAAGACACACACUAACUAUCGUGAUCUUAAUCGCAACCUACGGAUGCGGGUUGUAUUUUUUGUUCGGUAAAAUAUACAUUUAUUUUCGGAGAUUGCGUCAUCCGUCACAAAUAGAAAGGCAACAGGGUGCCGUUCCUGAAAGAGUGAACGAAGAAAUUGGAGUACACAAUAACGGGUGUUGAGAUAUGAAACACUUCAUUAAGGUAAAUGCACAAUGUAUUGAUUACAUUCUAGUAGCUAAAGUUGGAGUAGAUUUACCACAACAUACGUAGCCGUAGUAAAGUUUGAAAAAUAACUCAACGGAUGAGCUCAUAUUAUCAAUCCUCCUUCCAGGAUCUCUUUCCUGUUACCGUUCUUCAAAAUGCUACAAUAGCAACGAUGAAUGAAGAUAUCAUAUCAAGAAAAAUUUGAAAGGGUCAAAAGUACAAAAAAUGAAAAAGGAUCAGCACGAGAUCAAUAACAAACAUAUUAUGUUGUGAAAUAAAAAAGAAAUUUUGAAUUUUGAUUCUAGUAAAUGAAGGAGUUUCUUUUUGCGAUAACAGUUUUUUGAUUUCGUUGUAAUAUCAUUUAAUUUAACUUAAAUAUUAAAAUCACAAGCAAUAAGCUUUUUGAUUUUCUCUUCCUGGCUCUAGGUC